AUGCAAUCAUCGUCUGGGACUAGUUUAGGGGCCAAUGUUACUUCACAUAUUCAAAAACAGCUUGAUAUGGCACAAACAUCGCGCAUGUCGUCUUCACCACAUCAUCAUGCGCGAGUGCAUGCUACAUCAUCACGCUCAAACUUAUCUAGUGCUCUCAAUAUCAAAGCAGGAAGUACAAAUAGUAUCAAUAACCUUUCAGACUCUAGGACUUCUGUUGCAUCACAUACUGUUGCACAAGAGCAACCUGAGCGUGCGGCAGAUUGGACGUCGCUCGAUCUAGGCGGUAUGAUGAUUCACAAUUUAAGCAAAGAGCUUUUCCGGUAUAGAUUUAUUACUAGUCUUUAUUUAAAUCACAACAACUUAACGACCAUUCCUCCCGAGAUUGCAAACCUACGCUUUUUGAUUCUUUUGGAUCUUUCUGGGAACAAAUUAUCGACUAUCCCCGCAGAACUUGGCCUGUUGACGACGCUUAAAGAGUUGCUUCUUUUUGAUAAUGAGCUUACAUUUCUCCCACCCGAGCUUGGCCAAUUGUAUCAGCUUGAUACCAUUGGGCUGGAGGGAAAUCCUAUAGGAGAACCACUGCCUUCGUUGCUACAAAAAGACGGCACUAUGGGAAUCAUUACAUAUCUGCGUGAUAAUUGUCCAGUCGGUACGCCUCCUGCUGAUCGUGAAUGGAUUGAACUUGAUGAGGAUUCCAGCAACAAGACUGCUUCGGAGUCUAUUACUAUCAUGUGCUAUAAUACUCUGUGUCAAAAAUAUGCUACUCCACAGUCGUAUGCAUACACUCCAUCAUGGGCACUGUCAUGGGAAUAUCGACGAGAUCUUAUUUUACAAGAUAUUUUAAAUUACAAUGCAGAUAUUGUCUGUUUGCAGGAGAUUGAUAUGGGUCAGUUUGAAGAUUAUUUCAAGGUUCAAUUAGCUCAUUUGGCAGAUUAUGAAGGUGUUUUUUAUCCCAAAUCACGCUCAAAAACAAUGAACGAAUAUGAACGUAGACAAGUGGAUGGAUGUGCAACCCUAUUCAAGACUACAAAAUUCAGGAUGCUAGAAAAAUUUAAUGCAGAAUUUCAAACCAUUGCAAUGCAGCGUCCUGAUCUUAGACAAUCACAGGAUGUUCUUAAUCGUGUUAUGGUAAAGGAUAAUAUUGCAGUAAUGACGUAUUUGGAGCACAUUGGCAGUGGCGACCGUUUGAUGAUUGCAAAUGCUCACUUGCACUGGGAUCCGGCUUACUGUGAUGUCAAAUUGAUUCAGACUGCAAUGAUGAUAGAGGAAGUGGAGCGUCUUUUAUCAGUAUGGCAAAAGACGCAUCGCACAGAAGGAAAACAGCCUACAGUGUCCACCAUAGUAUGUGGCGAUCUUAAUUCACUUCCACAGUCUGGUGUAGUAGAGUUUCUUUCGCAAGGUCACGUCAGUGCUGAUCAUGAUGACAUCAAAGCGUUCAACUACGAGCCCUAUUCCAACGGAGGGCUUACACACAAGCUAUCUCUCAAGUCUGCGUAUUCGCAUGUAGAUGUCAUGGACUUUACCAACUUUACGCCAACAUUUUGUGGUGUGAUUGAUUAUAUCUGGUACACCACCAAUUCGCUGUCGGUUGCUGGUCUCUUGUCACAUGUGGAUCGCGAUUAUGUCGCGAAAUCGGUUGGGUUUCCCAACGCACACCAUCCUUCGGAUCACAUUCCACUUGUUGUUUCACUUCGACCAAAGCAAGCACCAACUGCCUCUGGUCCCCGCAAAGUUGUUUUUUAG